GCCCCCCCGCGACAGUUUCUAGAAGCACGUCCCGGCGUCCUUUGCGGCCCAACAUGGAGGAGCUGACGGUGGAAGUGCGCGGCUCCAACGGGGCCUUCUACAAGGGAUUUAUCAAAGAUGUUCAUGAGGAUUCCCUCACAGUUGCAUUUGAAAACAAUUGGCAACCAGAGCGCCAGGUUCCUUUUAAUGAAGUCAGAUUACCACCUCCCCCUGAUAUCAAGAAAGAAAUAGGUGAAGGAGAUGAAGUGGAGGUUUUCUCACGAGCAAAUGAGCAAGAACCAUGUGGCUGGUGGCUAGCAAAAGUUCGAAUGAUGAAAGGCGAGUUUUAUGUCAUUGAAUAUGCUGCCUGUGACGCUACUUACAAUGAAAUUGUCACGUAUGAACGACUUCGACCUGUGAAUCAGAAUAAAACUGUCAAAAAGAACACCUUUUUUAAGUGUACAGUGGAAGUUCCUGAAGAUCUCAGAGAUGCGUGUGCUAAUGAAAAUGCACAUAAAGAUUUUAAGAAAGCUGUAGGAGCUUGUCGGAUUUUUUAUCAUGCUGAAACUGCUCAAUUAAUAAUACUGUCUGCUAGCGAAGCAACAGUGAAAAGAGUGACUAUAUUAAGUGACAUGCAUUUGCGCAGCAUUCGUACCAAGCUAAUGCUCAUGUCAAGAAAUGAGGAAGCCACAAAACACUUAGAAUGUACAAAACAACUUGCAGCAGCAUUUCAUGAGGAGUUUGUCGUCAGAGAAGAUUUAAUGGGGCUUGCAAUAGGGACGCAUGGUAGUAACAUACAGCAAGCCAGGAAGGUCCCAGGAGUUACAGCAAUCGAGCUAGAGGAAGAUAGUGGUACUUUCAGGAUCUAUGGAGAGAGUGCUGAGGCAGUAAAAAAGGCUAGAAGUUACUUGGAAUUUGUGGAGGAUUUUAUUCAAGUUCCCAGAAAUCUUGUUGGAAAAGUUAUUGGAAAAAAUGGAAAAGUGAUUCAGGAGAUAGUAGACAAGUCUGGAGUCGUCAGGGUGAGAAUUGAAGGUGACAAUGAAAACAAACUGCCCAGGGAAGAUGGAAUGGUCCCGUUUGUAUUUGUUGGCACUAAAGAAAGCAUUGGAAAUGUCCAGGUUCUUUUAGAAUACCACAUUGCCUACCUGAAGGAAGUAGAACAGUUAAGGUUUGAGAGGCUUCAGAUUGAUGAACAGCUGCGUCAGAUUGGCAUGGGUUUCAGACCUUCUUCCACCAGAGUUCCUGAAAAGGAAAAGGGCUACACCACGGAUGAAAGUACCCUCUCCUCUGUACAAGGCUCUAGGUCAUAUAGUGGAAGAGGGAGAGGUCGCAGAGGCCCAAAUUAUACUUCAGGUUAUGGUACGAACUCUGAGCUUUCUAAUCCCUCUGAAACAGAGUCUGAGAGGAAAGAUGAACUGAGUGACUGGUCAUUGGCGGGAGAGGAUGACAGGGAGAGCAGACAUCAGCGUGACAGCAGAAGACGUCCUGGAGGAAGAGGACGCAGUGUUUCUGGAGGUCGUGGACGUGGUGGACCGCGGGCUGGCAAGUCCUCCAUCAGCUCUGUGCUGAAAGAUCCUGACAGCAACCCAUACAGCUUACUUGAUAACACAGAAUCAGACCAGACUGUAGACACCGAUGCCAGUGAAUCUCAUCACAGUGCUAACCGCCGCAGGCGAUCACGCAGGCGAAGAACUGAUGAAGAUGCUGUUCUAAUGGAUGGAAUGACAGAGUCUGACACUGCUUCUGUUAAUGAGAAUGGUUUAGAUGAUAGUGACAAAAAACCCCAGCGACGCAAUCGUAGUCGCAGGCGUCGCUUCAGGGGUCAGGCAGAAGAUAGACAGCCAGUCACAGUAGCUGAUUAUAUAUCACGAGCUGAAUCUCAGAGUAGACAGAGGAACUCCCCAAAAGAGAUGCUGCCCAAAAACAAGAAAGAAAUGGCAAAAGAUGUGAUUGAAGAACAUGGCCCUUCUGAAAAGGCAAUAAACGGACCAGCUGAUGCUUCUGGGGAUGAACCUUCUAAACCACAGCCUAAUCCUGAAGAAACGAAAAGUACUGUACAAGAAGAUGGAAAUAAUCAGGAAGAAGCAGUGCUGAAUGGUGUUUCAUAAACUGAAGUUCCUAGUUUACAGUUCUUUUACAUUACAUUUUACAAUAGUGCUUGUAUAAGCUUGCCAAAGAUAGAAUAUGGAUCGCCAGUCUUGACACCGCACUUUCAGUUCCUCCAUUUUGGAAUACAGAAAGGGGAGGGAUCCUGAAGAAAUCAUAUGUUAAACAUACUUUGACACCUACUGUGUUAUAAAUAUAUCAUCAGAUGUGCCUUGAGAUAGUAUAUGUAACAUUUAAAUAAACAAAAACUUGCUGGCUAUAGGAAAUGUUAUUUUGUUUUCAAAAUAUGGCAGAGAUGUGGGGGGGAUCCCUAACUUGAUAUUCUUUAUGAAAGCAUUAGCUGCUUUUGUUACAUUUUUAAUAAUAUGCAACCACUUCUUCACCUGAGGAAUACUAGAAAGAAAUGCAGUUUAAAAUAUUUUGCACUGAAUUGUAAUUUCUCCAUUAGUUUAGUCUGGAAACUGGUCUGUUUUAAUACAUGUUUUUUAAAUGCUGUAUGUAGAAGAAAAAUCUGCAGACCACUGGAAUACAUUUGUUAAAUUCUCAUUAUCUGCAGGGAUAUUGGCAGUGACAUUGGCAGUGACUGUUCUACAUUGAGGCUUUGUUUGAUUUAUUUAUUAAACUGUACAGUAUUUAAAAAUCAAACAUAGCUUUAGUUAACACUAAGCUGAAUUAGUCAUGUCCAUAAAGACAUAACCUUAACUACUGAAAAGAUCAAUUUCCAGAAAGUUUAUUCUGUAUAAACUACAUAUGUUAGUCCUCAGUAGAGUAUUUUUAUUUUUGUUUUGGUUGUUUGAUGUGCAAUAUGUUUUUGUAUGCCAGUAGUAAAAAAAAGAAAAAAAGAAACCCACAGAAAAAAAACAAAAAAAAACAAAACAAAACAAAAAAAAUAAACUUUGAUCUUCCA